UCCUCUGUGCUUCAUCAGGUUCAGGCUCUUCAUCUCUUGUCGUUGUUGCUUCCUGAAGUGAACAGAGAAACACUCAGAGCCCUGUUAAUCUUCCUGCGUAAGGUCAUCUCUCAUCAGGACCAGAAUCGAAUGUCUCUGUGUAAUGUCUCCAUGGUUAUGGCACCCAACCUGUUCUCCUGCCGUCACCGUGGCAACAAGCGUUCCAUUGCUAAGCAACGGGAAGAGAUGGAAGAGGCGGUGGGAGGGGCUCACCUGAUUCGGCUGAUGAUCACACACCAGGACCUGCUGUGGACCGUACCAAGGUUCCUGUUGUCUCAGGUGAGACAGAUGAACCAGGCAACCAAUCAGAAACCGUUUGGCCUCACCAGGUCAACGAGACGACUUCUGAGGAGGCAGAACGACAAGAACGACAGGAACCAGGUAACAGAGCUGUUUGAAGGUGUGAUCAGGGUUCACGCCCCCUUACAUACCAAGAUUUCCAUGGCGAUACAACUUGACGGACAAACUAGAGCCAAAGACGUCACUGCUCGCUUUGAGUGUGAGAACAGUCCAGUCCAGUGUCUGUAUGAAGUUGGAGGAAACAUCUGUGAACGUCGUCUCCAUCCAGACUGCGUCCUGUUGGAUGUUUACAGAGUGAAUCCUCACUGUGAUUGGCUGAUCAAACCCUGAUUCGUGUACACCUGUCUCACUACUUACCUGCAAUCAUCUGAGACCUGUCUCACUGCCUGUCCAACUGGUUCCAACCUGUCUCAUCACUUCUUACCACCUGGAUCCAGUCUCACGACGUGCCUUACCACCUGUCUCACCGGUCACAACCUGUCUCGUUCUUCGAGAAAAAUACGUUUUCAUUUCUUCUUAUUUUUGAAUCUUUUCUUCUGUUGUUUUUCCAUUUAUUGUUGAUAAAAUGUAAAAACGUGUUCAUAUUAAAAACUAAGAUCUGCUGAUGGUGUUUUGUUUUUCUCCUGCUGGUUCACAACCAUAUGCAUUUGUCUGUAAACGAACACAGGAAUGUUUAAAUAAAGUCAAAGAAUGAGCUGCAAAUGUGUGGAGAACAUGUAAACAACAUGUAAAGAAUGUCUAAAGAACGUGUAAAGAACAUGUAAAGAACGUGUGGAGAACAUGUAAACAACAUGUAAAGAACGGGUAAAGAACAUGUAAAGAACGUGUGGAGAACUAUAAUGGAUUUGAACAUGUCCAGGGUACAGAAGAUCUGAAUGAAAAGGUUUAUUUUCAGUGGAACUGUGUAAAAAGCUCAGUUCAUGUGUCCACUCUGGGCACCUGUAGAACGAUGAUGAAAUAAACAGACGUGUUCUUACUGCGGCUCCGCUCAUGAAACUGAACAGAGCAACAAGUUUUUAUACAACACAAACCAACAGCUUGGAAAUCAGCUGUUUUCUGUACAGAGUUUGGUUUCACAUGUAAAAACAAAUGUGUGAGAUCAUACAUGAAGCCAGACAUCACGUAUGACACGUGGAUCACAUGACUGCUGAGGUCAUUAGUUCAUGUUUACUGCCGCACACGAGGAAACGACUUCAACACAAACAGAACGUCAUAAAAAGUCUCUGUUAAAAAUAAACCAAUAAGAUACAGAGAUAAUGUUUGAAUGGUGAUGUCACCAACAGCUGUCGUCCACCAGAUGUUUGGAUCAGAGGACCUGUCCAGAUGUUUGGAUCAGCUGAUGCUGUCCAGAUGUUUGGAUCAGCUGAUGCUGUCCAGAUGUUGCUCCUCUGCAGCCAUGGCAGCGGCCUGCAGUGUCUCUGUGUCGCUCUGCAGUGGAUUCAGCUGCUUCCUCUCACUGUGCAUGUUGUUUUCAUGACGCUUGAGAUCUG